AUGGAAAUCCUCGACCACAUAGCAGCGCAGACAGCCAUCACAGCUCUGGUGGGGCUGCUUGCUCUGCCGCUCACAUACCUGAUGUGCGCGCGAUUCUUGUUUCGGGGUUCUCGGAAUCACGAAGGGAUCCAGUUCUCGUUACCGAUCCCCGAAGCCGCCCAGGAGCAUUGGAAAGGUAAACGAGUCUCUGUGAUGAACAUUCGCGACGAGAGUGAUCCCCAGUAUAUUAAGGCGCUCUGCCCGGCAACUGGCCAGUUGCUUGGCUCCUUCAAGGCCGCUGAUGAGGCCGCAAUCGAUGACACGCUUGCUCGAGCCACCGCGGCCCAGCGCAAGUGGGGCGAGUCUUCUUUCGAUGACCGCAGACGGGUUCUGAAAACGAUCGCCCGCUAUAUUUCGGACCAUCAGCGUGAGGUCGCCCGCGUGGCCUGCCGUGACACUGGAAAGACAAUGCUUGACGCUGCUCUAGGUGAGAUUAUGGUCACCCUGGAGAAGAUCAAGUGGCUCAUAAAACAUGGCGAAGAUGCCCUGACCCCUUCAAAGCGGCCUGGAUCCACCAAUGUUUUGCUAUUCUACAAGGGUGCUGAAGUCCGCUACGAACCCUUGGGCGUAGUCUGCGCCAUGGUCUCCUGGAAUUACCCCUUACACAACCUCAUGGGACCCGUGGUCGCCGGUCUUUUCGCGGGUAAUUCGGUGGUCGUCAAGGGCAGUGAGCAAGUUGUGUGGUCCUCGGAGUUCUUUGUUCAAAUUGCAAAGCGGGCCUUGGAGCUGGAAGGAUUCGACCCCGAGACCGUCCAACUCAUUAGCUGCUGGCCUGAACAUGCCGAUUACCUUACUUCGCACCCUGCUAUCAAGCAUAUCACAUUUAUCGGUUCCUGUCCGGUCGCCCAUAGUGUCUGCACGGCUGCAGCUAGAAGUCUUACCCCGGUGGUAACUGAGCUCGGCGGCAAAGACCCCUUGGUGGUGCUAGACGAUGUGAGUGGGGCAAAAGUCAAAGAAAUUGCUUCAAUUAUUAUGCGAGGUGUUUUCCAGAGCGCUGGCCAGAACUGUAUUGGAGUUGAGCGGGUCAUUGCUCUCCCCAAGACCCAUGAUGCUCUUUUGGACAUAUUCAAAAAGCGAGUGCCCCAGUUACGUCUCGGCUCUUCGAUCGACGAGCUGGCCAACAUCGAUAUGGGCGCUCUUAUUGCUGCCCAUCAUCUGGACCGCCUGGAGGCGCUUGUCUCUGAUGCGGUUGCUCAGGGGGCGGUUUUGGAAGCCGGCGGAAAACGGUUCGCUCACCCCAAAUACCCGCUCGGCAUCUACUUCGAGCCAACUCUGUUGAGCGGAGUUACUAAAGAUAUGAAGAUUGCGCAGGAAGAAGUGUUUGGCCCGAUUCUUUUGCUCAUGAAGGCCGAGUCCGUUGACGACGCUAUUGAAAUUGCCAACUCCACGCAGUUUGCCCUCGGAGCUUCAGUCUUUGGCUCUUCCUCCCGCGACGUCGACCGUUGCGUGAAAAGCAUCAGAGCUGGCAACGUUGCCAUCAACGACUUUGCCACUUAUCAUCUUUGUCAAUUGCCGUUUGGCGGGGUUGGCGGCUCAGGCUAUGGAAAAUUCGGCGGCGCUGAGGGGCUGCGGGGCCUGUGCCUGGAAAAAAGCGUGUGCUACGACCGCUUUCCUUUCAUCUCGACGUUUAUUCCUCGCGCCCUCGACUACCCGAUUCCCUCGGUCGCCAAGGCCUGGAGCAUGGUUCGCGCUUUGAACGACCUGGGAUACGCCCAGUCUGGAUGGGUGAAAUUCAAAGCAUUACGCCGGCUCUUAGGCAUCUGA